UUGUUAGUAUUAGACAGAAGCAGCAAAGUGUUAGUCACCCUGUCGUGCCUGACUCUGCAACCCCAUGGACUGUAGAGCCCACCAGGAUCCUCUGUUCAUGAAAUUCUCCAGGCAAGAAUACUGGAGUGGAUAGACAUUCCCUUCUCCAGGAUAUCUUCCCGACCCAGGGAUCAAACUCAGGUCGCCUGCAUUGCAGGCAAAUUCUUUACAUCUCAGCCAUUAGGAAAGCCACAAACAUGGUCAUAAAUACUACACAAGUUGGACUGGAAACAGUCUGAUUUAUUUCGGUUGCAAGGGCACUGCAAAACUGUACAGUGCUUUGCAAAUGCAUUGUUGUCAACAUUAUUUUUUCAUUUAUAUAAAAUUGGAGAAUAUUUCUCAGUCUGUUGGCCUCAUGCAGUCCUAGGAAGGUCUGUCUCUUUUCUUGAUUACUGAAAUCUACAAAAGGACCAGGAGUCUAUCUAUAAAGACAGUAAAUUGAUAUAUUGACCCUCCAUUUCCAUUUCCUCUUUCACAACCAGGAAUUUCCCAGCAUACCUGAGUGAUGACUGCUGAGAACUGCAGUGUGGCUCCUGACUUCACAUUCCGAGGACUUUCAGAUGACAGGCACGUGCAGCAGGGCCUCUUCCUGCUCUUCCUGCUGGUUUACAGUGUGACUGUGGUUGCCAAUGUCGGGAUGAUCCUGCUGAUCAAGGUGGACCCCAGACUGCACACAUCCAUGUAUCAUUUCCUGAGCAAUCUGUCCUGUGAUGUCUGCUACUCCUCUGCUGUCUCUCCCAAGAUGCUGGCUGAUUUCCUCUCUGAGCAUAAAAGGAUUCCAUUUGACUUGUGUGCCAUGCAGAUGUAUUUCUGGGGGAUUUUUGGAGAUGUGGAAUGUCUCAUGUUGGCUGUCAUGGCUUAUGACCGUUAUGUAGCCAUUUGUAAUCCACUUCUUUAUACAGUUUCCAUGUCCAGAAAACUCUGUACCCAGCUAAUAUCUGCUGUCUAUGUGGAAGGUUUGGUAGAUUCAGCAAUCCACACCUGUUGUACAUUUCGAUUAUCAUUUUGCAGUUCUAGUGUCAUCAAUCACUUUUUCUGUGACUUCCCAGCCUUGCUAGCCCUCUCAUCCUCAGAUACAUCCAUCAAUGAGAUAAUGCUGUUCAUAUCCAGUAGCUGUGUUGUGGGGACCAGCAUUAUCACUGUCCUCCUCUCCUACACCUACAUCUUAGCAACCAUCCUUAGGAUGAACUCAGCCGAGGGGCGACGCAAAGCUUUCUCUACCUGUGCCUCCCAUUUAACUGCUGUGGCUAUAUUUCAUGGCACGCUCCUGUUCAUGUAUUUCAGACCCAGCUCGAGUUACUCCAUGGACACAGACAAAAUAGCCUCUGUCUUCUACACAGUUGUCAUCCCCAUGCUAAACCCACUGAUUUACAGUUUAAGAAAUAAGGAUGUGAAAGUUGCCAUAGAAAAAGUAAUCAGUACUAAAUUGUGUUCUGAGUGAUACAGUGUUUUCAACCGAAACUACACAUGUAAAGAUUCUGAGAGCGGAAGCUCAGGUACUGAUAGAUGCUUGUGGUCUCAUCAUUACAGUCUUCUGGAUAUUCCCAAUUACUUACCUCUGUGCCUAAACUGAGUGUUGAAAGUAGUCAUCAGUUAUCUUAAUUUGUCUUCAGACUAAGAAA